AUGGUUCGCCCUCAUGUACUUCUGGUAGCUUUUCCUGCACAGGGACACAUCAAUCCAUUACUUACAUUUGCCAAGACCCUUAUCAGGAAUGGAAUUGAAGUCACCUUCUCAACAAGUUUAUAUGCCCAGCGGCGGAUAGCUAAAGCUGCCGGCUACACCAGUCCAUUACUUACUUUUGCGGCAUUCUCCGUUGGACAUGAUGACGGGUGUAAACCAAGUGAUGAUCAUAAUCAAUACAUGACUGUGAUUAGGAACAGCAGUUCAAACACCAUAAGGAAAACGGUUCUUGCCAGUGCCGAGCAAGGUCGCCCAGUUACGUGCCUAGUUUAUAGUCUACUGCUUCCAUGGGCUGCAGCCGUGGCAUUUGAAUUGCACAUCCCGAGUGCUCUUCUUUGGAUUCAACCCACCACUGUAUUGGAUAUAUACUACUAUUAUUUCAAUGGCUAUGGUGAAGAAAUCAAUAAUGCCUCCGACGAUCCCUCCUGGACAAUCCAGCUGCCUAGACUUCCAUUGCUAGCUAAACGCGAUCUUCCCUCCUUUGUGCUUCCCCCGAGUAGCGAUCACAAAGUCUUUGCAAUUUCAACAUGUAAAGAGCAUCUAGAAAUGUUAGAUGCAGAAACAAAGCCAAAUGUUCUCGUGAAUACGUUUGACGCGCUAGAGGCUGAUGCACUUAAAGCGAUUGAAGAUUAUGAGUUAAUCGGGAUUGGACCAUUAAUUCCUUCUGCUUUCUUGGAUGGUAAAGAUCCAUCGGAUAAGGCCGUUGGUGGCGAUCUUUUCAAUAAAUCGGAGGAUUAUUUGCAGUGGUUGAACUCCAAGCCUGAAUCAUCUGUGGUUUAUGUGUCAUUUGGGACUCUUCGAAGGCUCCCAAAAGUUCAAAUGGAGGAGAUUGCUAGAGGAUUAAUCGAGUGUGGACGACCCUUUUUGUGGGUCAUACGAGUAAACGAAAACCCAGAAGAAGAAAAAGACGACAAUAAACCAAAUUGUCUGGAAGAAUUGGAAAAACUGGGAAAUAUAGUACCAUGGUGUUCUCAGCUUGAGGUCCUAACACACCCUUCGUUGGGUUGUUUCGUGACUCAUUGUGGAUGGAAUUCGACUUUGGAGUGUAUAGCAUGUGGUGUUCCCGUGGUGGCGUUUCCACAGUGGGCUGAUCAAGGGACUACUGCAAAGCUGAUACAAGAUGAGUGGAGGACAGGCCUAAGGGUGAACCCAAGAGAAGAUGGCAUCGUUGAGAGCGACGAGAUUACGAGGUGCAUUGAAACGAUAAUGGAUGAUGGAGAAAAAAGUCGAGAACUGAAAGAGAAUGCUAAGAAAUGGAAGAAUUCUGCAAGAGAAGCUAUGCAGGAGGAUGGUUCUUCCACCAAGAACUUGAAGGCCUUCAUUGAGGAGCUUGUACAUUAUUGUUAA